CUUCUUCUAAAGCAAACGAUUUUUUUUUUUUUUUUUUUGAAGCGCUGUGUCUGAAUAUUUGAUUCUCAACAGUCAUCUUCAUCUUCAUCAUCAUAAUCAAAAGGUUCAAUCUUUAACUGAAAUUGUAUAACAAUAAAUGCGAUGAAGCUGUAAAAGAAGAAGCAAUGGAUCUCCUCCCAUGCCCUUUCUGCCAUCUUCGUUUUCCAUCUUCAGAACUCGAACGGCAUGCCAACAAUCAUUUUCUUGAUGACCAUGAACAGCAACGAUUGGAAAAUGAUUUGGAGUUGGCCCAACAAAUUGCUUUGGCCCCUCCUUCACCUCUUCCUCUGAAAUCCCAAGUGAUAAGUGACCUUCCAAUUGAACUGGGUUUUGAUGAAAAGGUAAAUUGCUUGAUUAAUUUGCAAUCCAGAAGCAUAUUUCAUAAGGUUGAAGGUGGUGGUUUAAUGGCAUUGUUGAGAAAGUGUUUGGAAUCAGAAUCCGAUAAUACUAUAAGUGUUUUAUCUGGUUAUGUUGAUCAUUUUGAGAGCCUUGAGUGUGAGGAUGUUGGUUGGGGAUGCGGGUGGCGAAAUAUUCAGAUGUUGAGUUCUCAUUUGUUUCAUCAAAGACAAGAAGAAGUAAAGGGUGUUUUGUUUGGUGGGAAAGGGUUCAUUCCUGAUAUCCCAUCACUCCAAAGAUGGCUUGAGAUUGCUUGGGAAAAGGGUUUUGAUCAGCCUGGAUCAGAACAUUUUAAUGGGAAGAUUUAUGGUUUGGAAAAAUGGAUUGGAACUACUGAAUGUGCUACCCUUUUAAGAUCUUUUGGACUUAGAGCAAUGAUUGUGGAUUUCGGUCCUAAGGAGCUUGAGUCUCUUUAUCUAAGUGUACCGGGUUCAAGUACCGGGGUAGAAGGGAAGAGUGAAGGUAAUGGAGUUAAGAGGAGAGGGAUUCAAGUUUAUGGACCAAUGGAUAGAUUUGUAGUGAAAAAGAAUCACUGUUCUUCUUCUCAAGCAGAUUCUAAUGUGCAGGAGAAGUCUUGUUCUUCUAGUGAUAUUACUAAUAAAAAUGAGGGUCAGCAGGUUCUUGUUGAUUGGAUCUGGAAUUACUUUUCUGACUCGAAUAAACCCGGUAAUGGUCGUGUAAUUGUUAGUGAGAAAGCGCCCUUGUAUUUUCAACAUGAUGGGCAUUCAAGAACCAUUGUUGGAAUUCAAAUCAAACAUCAACGCAACGGAGUCAAGCAGCACAAUCUCUUGAUCUUGGACCCAGCUCAUAGAACAGCAGCCUUGGAAAAAUCUCUUAAACGAAAAGUUGGAUGGCAGAGACUUAUAAAAAGAGGGGUUCAUACACUAAAGAAACCACAGUAUCAGUUGUGCUAUGUUGAACCUGGAGUUGCUACAUUGGAAGAAAUGGAAUUGCUCAAGACAAUAAAUAGUGUGUUUCUUGAACUCUAAGGUACCAUUGCUCGAGUAGCGGUGCUUAAGCUCUCGUUUAAUAACAUGUGGUUUGCUCUCACAAGAUCCCUGAGGUUCGAGUCUCUUGGUAUGUACAAAUACGAAAAUGAUCCGGUCAAAGCUUUUAGAGGCGGGAAAUUUGACAAAGUAGCUUUAUUUUUGUAUCGUCUUCUUUUUGUUCAUAACGUAAUACGAGUUUCUUAAUAUAACUCAUUACCAUACUAGUAGCACAAAUAAUUUGAGUAAAUUUAUAAAAGUUUAAUUUACAUUAUCUAUUUAACUAAGAAAAUUUUUGUUCUUAAA